GCGCCGGUGAUCACUACCGAGCAGCUUCUCGAUCAUCCACUUCGAAACUUAGCUAGCUAGGUUCUUGUUGCGUUCAGGAUAGGAUCACCAUGCCGUCCACUGUGACCCGCGCAUCCCUUGACCAGCAGCUUUCCCUCGCCAAGCAAUGCUCGCGAGAGGCCGCCAUUGCAGGAGCUAAGGCAGCAGCCAUAGCGACCGUCGCCUCUGCAAUUCCCACCCUGGCGAGCGUGAGGGUCCUGCCAUGGGCGAAGGCCAACAUCAAUCCCACCGGCCAGGCACUCAUCAUCUCCACAGUUGCUGGCAUGGCCUAUUUCAUCGCGGCCGACAAGAAGAUCCUCUCGCUGGCGAGGCAGCACUCGUACGAGAACGCACCUGAGCACCUCAAGAACACCUCCUUCGAGGGCACUGGCCGUGUGCACCCAGCCUUCUUCAGGCCAUUAUGAUCCAACAAAGCUACCUCGUGAGCACUGGUUCUCAGCCGUCGAUGUGUCCAAAUAACCUAAGACUUGUCAACCAGUACUAGCCUAUACUACUAGCUAGUACACAUGCAUCGAUCAUCGAUGUGCUCGAAGAAACUAUAUAAUGUAUAGAGUGUAGUGCUCAAGUUUAUACUGUAACUAUUAGCUUCCAUCAUAUAUUGGUUCCCCGGUUUAAGAGUA